ACUGUCAUGUGACCGGGACCACGUGAUUAGAAUCGGCCAUGUUGUGCUUUCACAAUGUUAUCGUUUUAUUGUUAUCUCUAUCAUUAUUGUAGACUUUAAAACAACAACAACCGUCUUUGAUAAUAAUUAUUGCUUCGAAAUUACAGUUACAUUCCAUUGAAUAUAUAUACUUUGGGUACCUUGUUUUGAAAUUAACCCAAGACUCUGAGAUUAAUUUACACAAUUGCGGUAUGUGAAAGCCUAAAAAAAGGUUUUGUGCUUCAUAAAGAUUACAGUUACCAUUCUACAAAUCGUCUACCAUGUUGGAAUAUUAUAUAGGUCACAUCACCUUACUAUAUGCAGUUUUCAUUGUUUGUUUCUUUCACAUUACUUUAAUUGCUGCCGAUGUUGUUGUGAAAGACAGAUCCAGUGCUACUCUAAAAACAUUUGAAGACUAUCCUGCUAGUUUUGGACCAGGAAUUCCAAUGCAGGGGAUCAGAGGUCGCCUUAUCUACGUUGUACCUUCCGAUGGCUGCUCUUCUGUGGAUCCACCACCCCGAAUAGAUAAUGCCACUUUGUGGAUAGCUCUUGUCGCUCGUACACAUAAUCAGUGUGAAUUUUCCGAAAAGGUUCUUAAUGCUGAAAAAGCUGGCUUUAAUGCAGCUAUUGUCCAUAAUUAUUUCAAUAAUGAUGACUUAGUUUACAUGGGAUCAGGUGCUGUUGGCAAUGAAGUGAAAAUUCCCGCAGUUUUUGUUGGCUGGCACAGUGGUCAAGAACUAUCACAACAUUAUCAGUAUACUCCCGCAGAUAUUUUCACAGUGACCAUUGAUCCACGACCACCUUUCAAUGUGAAGAACUACUUGUUUCCGUUUGCUGCAGUGAUGGGUGGAUGUUUGAUGAUUGGCUGUGUUGUGAUGGUAAGUCAGAUGGGAAGAUCAUGCCGAAAUGUAGCAAGAAGACACCGAUCUCGUCUUCCCAGUAGACACCUGAAAAAAAUCCCUGUGAAAAAAUUCAAAAAAGGUGAAUCCUAUGAUGUUUGUGCUAUCUGUUUAGAUGAAUAUGAAGAAGGAGACAAACUCAGAGUUUUACCAUGUGCCCAUGCUUACCAUUGCAAAUGUAUUGACCCUUGGCUCACCAAGAACAAAAGGACCUGUCCAGUGUGCAAACGUCGAGUUAUUCCUCGAGACCAAGAUUCUGCGAGUGAAUCAGAUUCAGAAGAUGAUGAAAUUUCUCCAGCACCAACAGAACGAACCCCUCUUCUCGGCCAUUCUCAGAGUGAUAACCACGGCUCCACAUCAAGAUGGAAUAGUCGAUCAGAAUCUUCAGAUCCUGUAUCCAUUAAUUCUGAACUGGGUAGUGAUGGACCAGCUUCGAAUAACAGCUUGUCUGAACCAACCCUUGGAGCUGUUGGUGGUAUCUCUGCUGAAGAUGGCGUGGUUGGAACACGGGCCACUAAUUCUACUGCUGCUGCUUUAAUGAAGAAAACUCCUCUAGAAACGAUGAUGCAAGAUGUCGUGGCAUCUCCUCCUGAAAGUGAUAUAGAAGACAGCUGCAUUGAAGUACUGACUGUGGACCCUCACCUCCCAGAGUCCAUCACCUCUGAAUCCACCAGGGGUAGCAAUCAUGUCGUAUGAGGAGGAACUGUGUUUGGUGCGAGAGUGAGAGAAAGUGAAUAUAUAUAUAUGUAUAUAUAUAAUAUAUAUAUAUAUGUGUGUGUGUGUAUAUGUAUAUAUAUGUAUGUAUAUAUAAUAUAUAUAUAUAUAAA